CCCAGUGCUGAUUUUGACGACGCACGGUGAAGAGAAGCCCAGGCUCAGAUGCCGAAAGGUUGAGCGGAGCGGGAGCGGAGACCGUGGGCUCACGACCCGCCGCCAAUGUGCCCGUCUCUCCUCUCGUUUUGAACCCGGUCCGUGUGUCGUGAGCUCACCUGCGCUCGGGGUUCAGCCCGCUGAAGCGUCUCCAACAUGCCGGUCCGUACAGAGUGCUGCUCCUGUUCGCCUGCGGCCUGCGGAGCCUCGGCCUCUCUGGUGCCGCCGCCGCCGAUCAACACGCAGCAGCCCGGGGUGGCCACCUCCCUGCUGUACAGCGGCUCUCAGUUUCGGGGCCACCAGAAGAGCAAAGGCAACUCUUACGAUGUGGAAGUGGUUCUGCAGCAUGUGACCAUGGAGGACUCGUACUUGUGCGGAUACCUCAAGAUCAAAGGUCUAACAGAGGAAUAUCCCACACUCACAACGUUCUUUGCCGGAGAAAUCAUCAGCCACAAACGACCCUUUCUAACAAGGAAGUGGGACGCAGAUGAGGAUGUUGACCGUAAACACUGGGGGAAGUUUCAAGCAUUUUAUCAGUAUGCAAAAAGCUUUAAUUCUGAUGAUUUUGACUACGAAGAACUCAAAAACAGUGAUUUUGUGUUCAUGCGAUGGAAGGAGCAGUUCUUGGUCCCAGAUCAUACAAUCAAAGACAUCAGUGGAGCUUCCUUCGCUGGCUUCUACUACAUCUGCUUCCAGAAGUCUACCGCCACCAUUGAGGGUUUCUACUACCACAGAAGUUCUGAAUGGUACCAGUCUCUAAACCUCACCCAUGUUCCCGAACACAGCGCUCCCAUCUACGAGUUCCGGUGACACUUGAUCCCUCUCAUGGCUGAAAGAGGGUGAAACUACGGCAGACAGAGGAAAGAAAAUAUAUACUGGUGUCAAGGGAAUGAGAAACUCUAAUCAUGCCAAGGACUCAGCCAUUUUCUCUCUUUUCCAAGAGGAUGACAAAGAUGGACACAUGGAUGGAUGAACGGAUGAAUGAAUGGAGAACUCUUUCAGAUGAGCACGUCUUCAGAGGCAACAAGUGGAUCGGUGUGUUGAAUUUUGGGAUUUGCAACAGUGUUUUGUUUCUUUUUUCUUUUCCUUUCCCCAUUUUUCAUCUUUACUUUAGUUUUGUUUUCAGGUUUUUAAAGCUUCUGUUCUCUUGCCAUCUUAGUCAUUUUUACCUUUUAGCCUGUGUUUUGGGAUUAAAGUUACUCCUGUUUUUCUUCUUGAUGGAGAAGCUAAUUAUUGAAGUGGUUUUUUUUUUGUUUGUUCAGCUUCUGUUUUUUGAUUUAUUGCUCGUGUCAUUGUAAAAUGGGGCUUGACAAAGUCAGGUCAGCUCACACUGGUAGAUGGAAAUUAAUCUUAAAUUAUUGUUUUGUUUUGGUUUUUAUAUAUAAGUGUCUGAAUAGCAGUAGUAGUGAGACCUCUUUGAGAGGGAGGGAGAGAGAGAUAAAGAUAUACGGAGUUUAAGGUGGAAUGAGAUGGCAGUAUGAGCUGCAGAGCAGCACGGCACUGUAGACAGUACAGGGUGUAUGGAGGUCACCCUUAAGUAACGUGGCCAAUGGUCAAAAAAAGUAAAGGAGUGUUCCCAGCAGAGUUGAAGAAGAACUGAUGGUUACAUACAUGCGUCUCUUAACAGAUCAGAAUGGAGAGGCAUUCGACACCUUGCCAGAUGUAGUUUUUAAAAAUAACAAAAUCACAGCUUGUAUUUAAUGUCCCAACAGAGACAGUAGCUGGGUCCCUUUUUGCUUCUUGGUGUGAUUGCGUAUGUGUAAUAACAUAUAUAUAUUUUUUGUAUUGAAAUUGCAUUGGAUGUGUUGGAAAGAGAUUUUAUAUCAGUGGUAAAGAGAUAUAAGCUGCUUCAGGUGGAUUUUAUUUUAUUUAAUUUUAUGUGUUCUUUCCUUUGUUGGUUGGGAGCGGGCUAUAUUUGGGUGGUGGGGAGGCAAAUUUGACAAUAGGUUAUUGCUCCAUUUGCUAUGCAAUGUUUAAACCUCAGCUUGUAGGGAUCGAGUGCAUCUUUGGCCCUCGUUUUUUUUUUUUGUUUUUUUUAACUAUGUCUUCACCAAUAGUAUUUUCAUCACAGCCGCAAGAGUAUUGAUUGGUAUGCACUUUGAUGCACGGUCAUCUGCGUAUCAGUUUGAAAAGGUUGGACCGUCUGGACCAUCUUCUAACAGGGCUUGGAGUCAUCCUGGAUUAUCUUUUUUGUUUUUGUCUUUUUUCCCCCACAAUCCUUCCCCUUUCUACGUUUGUGGAGGUGAAAGCUGAAAAGGACCUUGAAGUGAACAAGUGGGGGUGCAAUGUGUCUCUUGAAUGUCCAUCUUGAGCAAUUGUGCAGGAUUUUGAGGACUACGAGGGCUGCUGAGAGACCCCGGCAGUGAUGGAAGUGAGCUUCUAAAGUACAGAGGACAUUUGUAUAAGAGAGACAAAUGUAAAAUGACUUUAUUGUGUCUAUAAGCUGAACUGUUCACUUCUUUGAACCCAAGUAAUGCACAAAAAAAGAUGAAAGACAAAAGAUAUAUAAAGACUAGAGAUAUACUACUGUGAACGGUGUGAAAGUUCACUUGCGCAUCAUUAGAAAUGAACGCAAUACACUCGCAAGGUGUAGGUUAUAGGGUCAGUGCAAGCACUCAGCAGCUUGGGAGUGGAAAAAACAGCUACCUGUGCCUGUAUGAUGUGUCCUUGCUACUGUGGCAACUGGAGGAGGCCUCUAGUGGAAGCCUCUAGUAACACAAGCAAGUAUGUGUGAACAGCUGCAUUCACAAUGCAGGUGGUUGUACAUGAGAAUGCAUUACAUGUGUAACAGCAAGUAUAUCUCUAGCCUAAGUGUAGUUGUCUGACUCUAAAACAUUCUAAACUAAGCUUGUUUUUGUGGUGGAGAACAAAUCAUUGAAUCCCAGAUCCCACACUGAUCAAUCCUAAUCCUAAGCUUUAGUCGAAACCAUUUGCCUUAACAGUCAAAAGUUUGUAUAUAACAUUUUUUUUAAAAGUGUUGGAACGGUUCCGUAUGGACAGAGAGACACUUUGGGAUAGGGAAAUGUAUGUGAGCUUUGUGACUAUGAACGAUGAUGUCUGAAAGAGAGAGAGAGAGAGAGAGAAAGAAAAGAAGGAUGAGAGUGGAUAUGAAGCCUCAGCAGAAAAAAGCUAAACUCUAAACUUCCUCCUAGCUUUUAGCAGCACAGUAGCUACACUGUAUUGCCUAAUACACAGUCCUGUCAGAAUAUUGCAGGCUUUCUGUUAAUGUGUUUUGUGCUGGUAUGAGUGGAUCAGGCACUGCAGCAGUGCUGCUGAAGUUUUUAAACAUGUCAGUGUCACUGCUGAAUUGAGAUUAGUCCACCAGCCAGAAAUAUCUAGAAAACAGCGUUCUGUGACCACUAGUGGACUCUCCUCUGUCUGAUGUUUGAGAAUAAACCCACCAACCAGACAAGGGCUGCUCUGUGGUGGUCUUGUGGGGUUAUGACCAUUGCGAAACACGAUCAAAUGGUAAUAAAGUAUGCAGAGCAAGAGAGAUAAUACUACAGUCUGUAAUUAUGGAACUACAGAGCUGAUUAAACGGACAUUAAGCGUAAAAACAAUAAGGUGUGAAAAGUUAAAAUAAGGUGAAGGGGCAAGUGCUGAGUAAAUCAAAUCCCUUGAACUCCCUUGAUUUGCACAUUAUGAAAUGAGUAGAUCUCUCCUAACUGGAGUUUGGGAUUACGCUCUCUCGAGUUUUUAAGCACUUGUUUUCUGGCCGUGGAUUAAGAUAAUCUGUAAUUGAAUUGCAGAUCUAUUGCCUCUGGCAGAGUUUAGUUUGGCCCAUAAUAGAAAAUAUGAGACGUCUGAGCUGGUGUUCAUAAAGGUAUUUAUCUGCUGAGUAAAAUAAUAGUGAAGAACUGGGCUGUGUCCAUGUCAUUAUAUAAGGUCGGUCAAAAUGAGAGGAAUUUGAUCCUGGAUCAGUGUCUAUUUCAGAUGCUUUCUCUUCCAAAAAAAAAAGAAAACGAGGUCAAAAAUAAAAAAAUAAAUUAAGAUAUGAAGAGUAUAAAGUGGUUUAUUAUAAUGAUUUGAUGCAAAAUGUGAAAAUAUGCAUAGAUUGAGUUUGACAUUUAUAAAUGUAAGCAAAAUUCAUCUGUCUGUAAUCAGCUCACAGACGCCUUGUGCUGAUCGACAUCACCUUAGGAGUGAUGAGGGGAAAGAGAGCGCCAUCUACCCACCCAGAGAGAGCAAGGCAAAUUGUGCUCUCUCAGGGCUCUGGCAGCUGAUGGCAAGCUGCAUGAUUGGGAUUAUAGUGGCAGCACUUAAUCUGCUGGACCACUGAGAGCCCCCAAAAACACUUCAGUCUCUUUUUAUUAAUGUGAACAUAGUGUUAUUGAUGGAAACCAGAUAGCUUAAGAUUUUAAUGCCUCCUCAAGCCACAUUGCAGAAUGAUUUAUUUAUUUAUUUUUAUUUUUUUUUACACAUAAUGGUUACAAAUGUUUCCAGGUGACUGGGGUGACUACUCUUUUAUCGUAGUUUUCAGAACUGUAGUUUUUAAAUCUAGAUUUCAUGGCAAAGAAGCACUUUUAAGAGUGUUGGAAUAAAACACAGUCCCUCAAGGAAAUGUUUAGUGAAGGCAAUGGCGUCCAUGUUUGCAUUAUCUAUAUCAUGACCCGUGAUUCCAAUCCCAAUCACUGUGCUUAUAUCCACUUAAUCAUUUCAUAAUCAGAAUACUUAAGCUAUGUGAUUAUUCAAAUAAAAAUCAUAUUAAGGAAUCUGAUAACGAGCUCUGGAUUUUAGAUCAGUUAUACUAUUACUCUUAACUCCUAACUGGAGUAUUCUCAGAUUUCUCAGCCAGUGAAUGUGUGAAAUCAGGCUCUGGUGCGGAAAAUAAGUGAGCAAUUUUAAAUACAGCACCUGAGAGAUACCGACUUCUGUUUCAGAGUUAUGCUGAAAUGGAAGGAUUAAAAAAAUCAUUAUCUUACAAAGCAAAAAUUAUUUUUGAAUGACGGCAUAAACUCUGAGUUUUCCCGUUAUCUGAUUACCCAUAUUGUAAAUGUAAAAGCGUUGAUUAGAUUGCUGACAAAAUCUGAUGUUCAGUAAUUGGAUUAUGAAAAACAAAAAAAACAUGGAUGUUAAGAAAUAGGCACCACUCUAAAAGACUUUAUUGGUAUCUCAGAAAAUAAUUUCUGCUAAAUUUAAGGAAAUAAAAUGAAUGGUCUUGGCAUUUAGGAUAGGCAGGUAUCCUAGACUAGGGUCAGGCAGUCUUAGUUUAGACUCAAUAACCUGCAAUACAGAUUUGCUUAACCAUCUAAUGAUCUAAUUUUUGCUUAAACCCGCCCAAAAAAAAUCACAUCUUGGCCCAUGCCCAUAUACAACCUUUUAAACACCAGCAAAUAAAAGUGCUAAAUUUUACGAUGAAUCUGUUCAGAAAGGCACAAAGUAACUGAUCCAGGAUCAGCACACUGAGGCAUCGCUCUCUCAGCAUUAAAGGGUUUUAUGAGACGCUUUCUACAAUGGAUUUAGUUCAGAUUGCUUUAGGAACCGAUGUCUGGAAAGUGUGAACACAGUGUAAUAUUGACCCCUGAGUGGUGUACAUAAUAAAGCUGUUUGUGAUGACUUGAUUCCUGAAAAUAAGUGAUGUUCUAAUUGAUAUGAAAAUUAUAAGAAAGAGAGAUUUAAGACUAUAUAAGGACUCAUCCAAGAUGAUGCAAGUAAUAAAGUAUGCUCACGAUGGUCUUCUGUGGGUUUCCUCCACGACCCAGGACGACUGCAUGGAGAUCUAUUUCGUGGGGUUUUGUUGUUAUGGACAACGAUAUGAGUCUAACUGAAGUUAAAUGAAUGAGCUUUGUUGGUUCAUUUACAUUGCAAUAAAAAAAGGUUUCUUCA